AUGUUCAAAUACAUCGCAUUCUUCGCCCUCCUCGCUGUUGCUGCUGCCAAGCCCGGUCUGCUCGCUGAGACACACACCAUCGUCCAACCAGCUGUAGUUGCUAAAACUGCCUAUGUCGAUACUAGCGCAUCCUCGGCCAUAACUCACCAGAGCCAUGUGAACCUCGUCCGGAAGGUACCAGUUGUACCAGUCGUCCACGCCGCACCAGUCGUACAUGCAGCCCCCGUCUUGAAGACCAUCUCCGCUCCAGUGGUGCAUGCUGCGCCCGUAGUUCACUCAGCUCCAGUUGUGCAUGCCGCCCCCGUAGUUCAUUCAGCUCCAGUCGUCCAUGCUGCUCCUGUUGUUCACGCCGCUCCAAUAGUACAUGCUGCCCCAGUUGUACACUCCGUCGUCCACACAGCCCCUCUUGUCAAAACUGUAGUCUCAUCUCCUUUGACCUACAGCAUCCACCAUUAA